AUGCACUCCUUGGACGAGCCGCUUGACCUGAAGCUAAGCAUCACCAAGCUCCGAGCGGCGAGAGAGAGAGAGAAGCGAGAGAGGACCGUAGGAAUGGCCCAGCACCGUGGAUUGCACAGGGAGCUGGGCCUGGUGGAUGACAGUCCUACCCCAGGCUCCCCAUGUUCCCCGCCAUCAGGAUUCCUGCUGACUCCAAAGUUCCCGGAGAAGAUUGACGGGCGUUUUUCAGCAGCUCCUCUGGUGGACCUCAGCUUAUCUCCACCUUCCGGGCUGGACUCCCCCAGUGGCAGCAACUCACUGUCCCCUGAGCGUCAGAGCAAUGGGGACCUGCCCAUGGUGCCCAGCCUCCCGGACUUCCAGCCCCUGCGCUACCUGGACAGCAUGCCCAGCUCCUUCCAGUUCUUCCUGCCUCUAGGCUCUGGGGGUGCCCUGCACCUACCCACUUCCUCCUUCCUCACUGCCCACAAGGACAAGUGCCUCUCACCUGAGCUGCCCCUGCCCAAGCAGCUAAUGUGUCGCUGGGCCAAGUGCAACCAACUGUUUGAGCUCCUGCAAGACCUUGUGGACCAUGUCAACGACUACCACGUCAAGCCUGAGAAGGAUGCAGGGUACUGCUGCCACUGGGAGGGCUGUGCUCGCCACGGCCGAGGCUUCAAUGCAAGGUACAAGAUGCUGAUUCACAUCCGCACACACACCAACGAGAAGCCACAUUGCUGUCCCACCUGCAGUAAGAGCUUCUCCCGCCUGGAAAACCUGAAGAUUCACAACCGGUCACACACAGGUGAGAAGCCCUACGUCUGCCCCUAUGAGGGCUGCAACAAACGCUACUCCAACUCGAGCGACCGCUUCAAGCACACACGCACCCACUACGUGGACAAGCCCUACUACUGCAAGAUGCCCGGCUGCCACAAGCGCUACACAGACCCUAGCUCGCUGCGCAAGCACAUUAAGGCCCACGGCCACUUUGUGCCCCAUGAGCAGCAGGAGCUCCUGCCGCUACGCCCACCCCCCAAGCCCCCGCUACCCAGCCCUGAUGGCAGCCCCUAUGUCAGUGGGGCACAGAUCAUCAUCCCCAGCCCCACUGCGCUAUUCGGGGGUCCCAGUCUGCCCGGCUUGCCCUUGCCCUUGGCCCCUGGCCCCCUUGACCUCAGUGCUCUGGCCUGUGGCAGUGGUGGAGGUGGUGGCUCAGCAAGCAUGGGUGGCCUGCCCAGCUCUGUCCUGCCCCUCAAUCUGGCCAAGAGCUCACUGCUGUCCUCACCCUUCGGGGCUGGUGGACUGGGCCUGCCCAUGGUCUCCCUCCUGGCUAACUCUGCUGGCAGCAAGGCCGAGAGGGAGAAGGGGCAUGGGCUGGCCUCAGUAGUCCACAAGACACCACCUGAAAAGACUGAGGGUGGCCGCUCCCGGCCCAGCCUCGAGGGACCAUCCCUGCUGCCCGGCACUGUGCUGGAUCUGUCCACUGGGGUCAGCUCAGCAGCUAGCAGCCCGGAGGCAUUGGCUCCUGGCUGGGUGGUCAUCUCACCAGGCUCUGUGCUGCUGAAGCCAGCCAUGGUGAACUGA